AUGUCCCUUUGGAUCAUCAACGCCAUUACCAUUCUGCCUACUAAAUGGCAAAACUGGCUGAUGCCACCCUCGAGUGUUCCCAUCGUCUACAAUGAUCCGUCAAAGGUCCAGCUCAGCCGCAUUGCUCACGUCUACUUUGAGCAUGCCGACUUGACAGCAUUCACCAGGUUCGCUGAAGAUUUCGGCUUUGUUGAAGAGGCUAGGUCGAACAAUCACGUCUUUUACCGCGGAUACGGCAGAGAUCCCUAUGUCUACGUUGCCUCUCAAAGCUCAACACGCAGAUCGCGCUUCUUAGGUGCCGCGUUUGUGGCCAAGGACCAGGAAAACUUUGAAAAAGCUGCGAAACUACCUGGGGCAACGCAAAAGAGCCUCGAUGAGGCUCCUGGCGGUGGAGAGCUCGUGACAAUUGCGAGACCAAACGGCACCUACCUUCACGUGGUACAUGGGCAGAUUGAGCGCCAAGUCAACCUCACGUCGCCGCCUUCAGCAACGCAAGAAAGCCAAGGCCCUUUCAACACGCCAUUCGACAAGCCUCGCAAGGGGCAGUUCCAGCGGUUUCACGAUGGGCCAGCCUUGGUGCACAAGCUGGGUCACUUUGGAUAUGUGUGCAAGGAAUUCCAAGAGGAGCUCCAGUUCUACACUGGCAACUUCAACUUUGUGCAUUCGGAUGUUCUGUACUUGCCACAGUUUCCGGAGACGGAUGUCAUGACAUUUAUGCAUCUGGAUCUAGGCCAAGAAUACACGGACCACCACACCUUGUUCCUGCAACGCGCAUCACCUACGACCCGCGAGACAUAUGUUCAUCAUACUUCUUUCGAGGUCGAUGACUUCGACACGCAGCUCAUGGGACAUCACCAUCUCGCCAAAAAGGGCUGGAGGAGCGUUUGGGGCGUGGGGAGGCACGUAUUGGGCAGCCAAAUUUUUGACUAUUGGUACGACAGCUCCAAGUUCAAAAUUGAGCACUACGCAGACGGCGAUGUGGUCAACGAAAAAAACCAGAUGCGAAGAGAGCCUGUAGGACCGCUCUCCAUCUGGGGUCCCGAGCUGCCUCGCGAUUUCGGAGACAACAAGGCACGAUAG